UUACCAGGUGCGCAAGUAUUUGGAGGACAACCGGGAAUAUCAGGGCAAAUACCUGGUAGAAGUGUAUAUAAACCAGGUAUGCAAGUAACGGGAGGAGGAGGAGGUACAUACCCUCCAGGGACAGGUGCUGCAACAGGUGGCAUUGGAGGUAUACCUGGAACACUGACUUAUCCAGGUACACAAGUAACUGGUGGAACGUAUACUCCACAAAUUGGUACUCCAGGAACAAGUGGUGGAACUAUCAUGUACCCCGGUGGCACAUCACCUGGAGUGACAGGAGGAGGAACAGGAACAAUUCCAGGAACCCAAGUACUUGGAGGACAACCUGGAAUAUCAGGGCCAACAAUAAAUAGAGGAGUGUAUCAACCAGGUGCGCAAACAAUGGGAGGAGGAGGUGUGUACCGUCAAGGAACAGGAGUUGUACCAGGAGGUAUUGGAACUAUUCCACCUGGAACACUUCCUGGUACUGUUAUGGGUGGAAGCAUACCUGGAACAAUGACUUAUCCCGGAGCACCAGGUACGCAAGUUAUUGGUGGAACGUAUACUCCACAAAUUGGUACUCCAGGAGCAAGUGGUGGAACUAUUAUGUAUCCUGGUGGCACAGCACCUGGAGUGACAGGAGGAGGAACAGGAGUGAUGCCAGGAAUGCAAGUACUUGGAGGGCAACCAGGGACAGUAGCAGGAGAAGUAGUAAAUUCUCAGGGAAUGCCAACAACAAUGGGUGGUGUGUACCCUCCGGGUGCCCAGGUAACAGGGGGUACAGUGCCAGGUCAAAUACCCGGAGGUGUCAGGUAUCCUCAGCAAUCGCCGGGUGCUCCAAAUAUCCAAGUACCAGGUGGAGGUCAAGUACCUACAGGAACAAUGUAUCCCCCUGGUAUGAUUCCGAGUAUGAUUCCAGGAUCGCAAGUAUCCGGUGGUACGUAUACUCCAGGGUCGCCAACAGUAGGAGGUGUUCAAGCACACAACUAA